UGGGCUGGGUCUUAUUGUACUAUUCACACUAUUCAGUAUUUCAGUUUAAUCUAAAUUCUAACCUAUUAAAAACAAAAGGAAAAAAGAAAUCAUCUUUCCUAAGCCCCCUCUUCUCUUCUCUUCUCUCCUCCAUUGAAACGUACUCUGACUACUCCAUUGAAGCGAGCUUCUAAGUAUUUUUUGAGCAGAAUUUUUGAGUAGAACAAAGAUGAAGUUGGAUGUUAAUGCUCUAAAAUACCUCUCUAAAGAUGAUUUCCGGGUUCUCACUGCCGUUGAGAUGGGCAUGCGUAAUCACGAAAUUGUCCCUUCCGAGCUCAUUGCUCGUAUUGCUUCACUCAAACAUGGUGGUACUUAUAAAGUGUUGAAGAAUUUGCUUAAGCAUAAGCUGCUGCAUCAUGAUGCUUCUAAAUAUGAUGGUUUUAGGUUAACAUAUCUUGGGUAUGAUUUCCUUGCCAUCAAAACUUUGGUCAAUCGCGGUGUCUUCAGUGCAGUUGGCCGUCAGAUAGGAGUUGGAAAGGAAUCUGAUAUUUUUGAAGUUUCCAAUGAAGAUGGUACAAUUAUGGCCAUGAAGCUACACAGAUUGGGUAGAGUUUCUUUUAGGGCCGUGAAGUCUAAGCGUGACUAUUUGCAAAACAGGAGUUGUUCUAACUGGCUGUACUUGUCUCGACUUGCGGCACUGAAGGAGUUUUCUUUUAUGAAGGCAUUGGAAGAUCAUGACUUUCCUGUACCAAAGGCUUUGGAUUGCAACCGACAUUGUGUGAUUAUGUCCCUUGUACAAGGCUAUCCACUUGUGCAGGUGAAGGAAAUGCAAAAUCCAGAUAUAAUUUUUGAUACUGUGAUAAGUUUAAUUGUUCGGCUGGCUGAGCAUGGACUUAUUCAUUGUGACUUUAAUGAAUUCAAUAUCAUGAUUGAUGAUGAUGAGAAGGUUACUAUGAUUGAUUUCCCACAGAUGGUAUCUAUAUCUCAUCGGAAUGCACAAAUGUAUUUUGACCGUGAUGUUGAAUGCAUUUUCAAAUUUUUCAGGAAAAGAUUUAAGGUGACUUUUGAACUGCAGUCGGAUGAGGCUGAUGGUAAAGAUGUAAAUAUGGAUGAGAAUGAAAGCAGGCCAAGCUUCUCCUCUAUAUUACCUAUUUCUGGAUCUUUAGACAAGGAACUUGCUGCUAGCGGAUUUUCAAAAAAGGAUCAGGAAAACCUUGAAAAGUUUAUUGAAGGGACUUCUAAGGACUCAGAUUCUAGUUAUGAGGCAAACACAGAUGAUGAUUCAGGUGUUGAUGAAGAUGAUGAGCCAAAUGACGCAGACAUCAAGAAAUUUGAAUCAUUGAGCUUAAAAAAGCAGGACUCAAGAGAGGAGGAAUGUGAUACAGUUGACACUGAACAAAUUUCUUCUAUAGCUUCUAGGAGUUCUGAGGUGCAGAGUGCAAGUGAUGAGGAGAAAAGUGAUGAAGAAAGCGAUCCUGAACUAGCAAAGCGCCUCGGAAAGCAAAGGCGUAGGGCCAUAGCAUCUGCACAUAGGAGGCAGCACCUGACCUCCAGAAAUUCCUACAAAGAUAAAGGUGGCAAAUCGUCACAGAAUUCCAAGAUUCAGAAACAGUUAGGUGCUUGGUAGGAAGCUAAAUAGUACAAAGUGUUAAAACUCCAUGCUACUACGUAAUCAGCCAGACAUGAAUCAGUUAUACAACCUUCACAGUUGCAGCUUGUGAUGUACGAAAAUAGAUAAAUUAGUGAUGAUAUCAAGACUUCUUAGUCUUGGAUUAGUUGUCUUGGCCUCAAAUAGAAAGCUUUUGCAAUUGGAUCCUUGUAAGUGUUGAAGAAUAGUAUAUCUUACGGGCUAACAGUCUAAUGCCCAUUGUUGUAACAUCUUUAUUUUUACAAAAACAGCAGAGGGUCUUUUUAAUUAGAAGUUUUUCAUUCUUUUCUUCUCUC